AUGGCGUCGGCGGUGAAUUCGAAGACUCGCGAGAUCGCAGAGCUCAUGCAGAGGCUCAAAGCGGGAGAAAUCUCCAAGGCCGAGCUCUUCAUGCAGCUGUCCAAGCUUCAACCAACCGGCAGCGGCGAGGUGGCGGAAGUACGUAUCAAACGGAAUGGGGCGUCGUUUGCGGCGUCAGUGGUGGACAACCGCGACCGAGGAGAUGUAUCGUCCGUGCGAAGUCAGCAGCAGUCGCUGUACGACACAGACCGCGCGGGGGUAUCGCACGACCAGGCAAAGCUGAUGUCGGUGCAACAGCUCUUAGCGAGUCGACUGGCUGCCGAGAAGGCGCUGCAGCGUUCACAUCCCAGCACGACCCGAGUCGACGAAACACGCGAGGCUGAUGUGGCAACGGCCAAGUUCAUUCCAACAGAUCCAUUUGCGUACUCACCGAUGGAGGAGAGCCCUUCGUUCGAGGACAGCUCGGUGACCGAUCGAUCGUCGCAGCCAAACGACGACGACGGCGGCGCGACAUCGCGCUACGUGCAUUACAUGGACGAAGACUCGUUCCAUGUGCGGGUAUCCCGAUGGAAACAGCAAAAGGAGAAUCUCAAGGAAAAGCUAAAGCAAGAGCAGCUCGAGGUCGAGCUCACCGAGUGCACAUUCCAGCCGACGAUCAAUCCCAAAUCGCAAAAGGUCGCGUCCAAGCUCCGCCAUCGCAACGCCGAGCCCGUCACCGAUCGGUUGUACAAGGCACGUCCGUCACGUUGGCAUCGAGUAUUCAUGCAUGGCCUUGGUUGUUUGCCGCAGGACGUGAUCAACUGGAAGCUGCGGGACGAGAUGGCGCAGCGGGCACGCGAGCAAGAAGAGCAAGAUGAGCAGCGCGAGUGCACAUUCAAGCCGCACGUGAACAGGACGUCCAUGAUGCCGACGGUCCGGUCCAAGUACAAAGAGCCCGUGUACAACAAAAAGUUCGUCGCGCCAUCCGCGCCUACGACCGCAGACUUGGACGAGUGCACAUUCAAUCCCAAGAUCAAUGCGAUUCCAAAAGAUAUGGUGUCGGCCCACCUGUACACGCAGCAAAACAUUUUUGAUCGACUGAGCCGGCCUGCGACAGCCAUUGAGACGCCCGAGACGUGCCUUGAACUGGUCGACGUGGCGAAGAUGGCGCAUGACCGACCAGGGCCGCGGAGUCUGGACGAUGGCAAGACUGAGAACGAAGGAUCGAGACCGACGUCGGCGGGGUCGGUGGGCGAUCGAAGCGACCGAAAACGCCGGUUCAACGAAUUCAUGCGGCGGCAGGUGGCGCAGGAACGGGAGCGCCAGCGCCGACUUGACGCAGCGCGGACACACCACACGUUCGAGUUCAAACCCGCAAUCAAUAAAAAGUCCAACGACAUCAUGCAGCAAGGGCGGAAAGGCGACUUUAUCGAGCGGGUCGCCAAGUAUGCGCUGCGAAAAGAACAUGACAAGCUCAAGAAUCGAUCGAUCAAGCUGCAGGAUCCGCAGUGCACAUUCAAGCCCAAGAUCAACGACGUGAGCGCGAGCCGCGCUGCACGGAGCGUCACCGAGCUCAGCCGUGGCGACUUGCUCCGACGAGAGACAUCCCAGCGCCUCAUGAAGCUGCGAAUGGAGCAGCACGAAAUGUCCCAGCUCACGUUCAAGCCCGCCGUGAAUCCGUCGACGAUUCCCCACGUCGAGAGCAAACUCAAAGUGCUGUCGAGCCCGGAAACUUAUGUCCAACGUCUGCAAGAACACACACUCAAGCUGUACGAGAAGCAGCGCAAGGCGCUGCAGGAGCAGGAGGUCCAAGAGUUUAGCGAGUGCACAUUCAAACCGCACACGAUCGAUGUCCCGACCUACAUCUCGCGCAUUGCGAAAUCGAUGGAGCUGACCAAGGCUCUCAAGGCAAAGCACGCGCACGGACAGCGGCGCGCCAAGCCCGAGUGGAAGUGA